GCGUAACGAUCAUUUGUAUUUCACAUCAUACUAUAGAAAGAACUUUCUUUACAUUUCUUGAUAUGGACGUAAAAUCUUCAGGAUACAGAGAUUUUGUGUGGGCAGUUAAUCUACAUCGUAUAAGUUUCGAAAUAAUGGGCUUGUGGCCUAAACCUGACAAAUGUACCAAAAAAAGUUUGUGGCCAGAAAUUCGAGUUGGAAUUAUUGUUAUUUUAUUAAUAUUUGUUUCUAAUAUUCCAACGAUAUGUGCAGUGAAGCAUGUUUGGGGUGAUAUGGUACUUGUAAUAGACAAUCUACAGACAACACUACCCCUGUUGAUAGUAUCGAUGAAAUAUAUUAUCUUACAACGGAAACAAAGAGUUGUCUUGUCGAUUAUAAAUAUGAUGGCGGAAGAUUGGAUGUCAUUCAAGCUGAAUAAAGAAAGAGAUGUGAUGAUAAAACGAGCAAGAAUAGCGCGAUUAAUUAUGAUGAUUGGAUAUGUUUUCACGUUAAUGGGGUUUGUCACAGUAACCGUCCCAGCUUAUUUUGGCAUUCAAACAACGUACGCAGGAAAUUCCACAGAUCGAAGCAAACUGUUACCAAUAAAAACGUACCAUUUUUAUAAUACAGAUAAGAGUCCACAGUUUGAGUUGACAUUUUUUAUUCAAAGCAUAACGGCUUUAUUAGCAGCUACCAUUUACGUGUCUGUAGAUAUUUUUCUAAUAUUAAUGAUUCUUCACAUUUGUGGCCAGUUAGAAAACUUUAAAUGCCGAUUAAUUAAUUUACCUUCAUGUAAAAAUUUUAACAAAACAUUAAACAACAUCAUAUCAACACAUUUACGUCUUAUCAGGUAA